UUGCGACCAUCAUCGAGAAACAUUCCAUCUUCUGCGACCAUUUCCAUCACCGACUCUCGCCCACGUGCACACAUCACCUCUUCGAACACUAGGCGACCAAACUCACAUCAACAUGUCAGAGAGCGACGUCAAGAAGACAAUCCAGCAGCUUCACUCGCUGUCGGAGAGCAACCUCAGCAACGCAACCUCCCUGUUGUCACAAGCAAAAAUCCAGCUGCUCAAGCUACACGCCCUCAUACCAAACCAGAAGACCUCCCAUCAGCACCUCGCUCUCGCCCGCGAGGUCCUCGAGAUCGGUGCCUUCGUCUCGAUUCGCCAAAGGGAUCCCGAGUCCUUCACACGCUACUUCCAACAACUCCAGCCAUUCUACUCAUUACCUCAUGAACGAUGGGGCUCCCACGACAAGCACGGCAACCAGAGCAAGAUCACCGGUCUCUACCUACUACUCCUGCUGAGUCAGGGAGAUUACGCCGGCUUCCACACUGUUAUUGAGGGCCUCGAGAUGGCGUUCGGUGGAAGAAAGCGCUUGGACGAUGACGCAUUCAUCCAAUAUCCUAUGAGACUGGAGCAGGCUUUGAUGGAGGGCAGCUACGAUCGUGUUUGGGGCGAGACUAAGAAGGAGAGAGUGCCCAGCCCGGAGUUCGCUGUCUUCUCAGAGGUCCUUGUCAACACAAUCCGCUCCGAAAUCGCAUCGUGCAGCGAGCGCGCAUACCCUUCCCUGCCCAUCUCCAACGCAAAGAACCUCCUAUACCUGGACUCUGAAGGCGCUGUCAUUCAGUUCGCUCAGUCGCGUGGCUGGGUUGCCAAGGAGGGUCGCAUCUACUUCCCUGCUCAGCAAGAAGAGUUGGCACAGGGCGAGAAGGACAUUCUCUCAACAAGCGACAAGGUCAUCGAGAACACACUUGAAUACGCCAGAAAGCUCGAGACCAUUGUCUAAGCCACGUGCGCUACCCUUUGCGUCUUGUAAUCUAGAAAUAACCUAGCAUGGCUUGUAGCGGAUGUUGGGCAAGAGAACUCACAUCUGGUCUUCAAGGCCCUUAUACUUCACUUCAAUCAAGGCUUCCUAGAUUUCUGAAUGAAGCCACGAUAUCACUCUUCAAUACUCGAUAGUCUUCUGCUACUAGGGUUCAUUCUUUUCGUGACCCCUGGGCAUCACACAAACCCUGCAAGAGUUCUUGAGCCUCUUGCCUAGGAAUGCAAUGUACAGCACGCCUCACCUUCCAGUGCUCAAACAGUCAUGGAAGUUUAGAUAGCAUAUGGAAAUAUUUACCGUAAUAAGUCAAAGCAGAUCGACCCUGUCGUUAUGCUGGCGUAGUGUUGUGUCAUGUUUAAUCGCGACAACGGCACGAGCACCCUGUAUGCACGGCUCGGGUCUGACAAACAGGUGAUAUCAGCUUGUCCAUCGUGUUGGUAACCCC